CUUCAUAUUCACGGUCAUUGGCGCAAACAUACCUCAAAGUCUGUUCAAUAACGUUUUGGGGAAACGUGUUGUUCAGAACUAACCGCUCUGCAACAAUUGAACGCACCUCUGAUAUAGGGUCGUGUGGGCGCUAUACAUAUUGGUGGUGGAUUCCUUUUCUUGGGGGUGAGACGCUUUGCAGAUGAUCAAGAUCUUAACAAAGUUGCAAUCAGGCAACUUAUUCUGCACCCAUGAGUGGGGUCCUUCAUACAAGCAUGUUUGUUUACCUACACGUCAUCCGGAAGUGAGUGUCAAAGAUGAUGAGACUGGAUUCACAGGAGGCAGAUGCUCCACUCUUUGGUGACGACGAUGAUGAUUCCCCCACCGCCACCAGACAGAAGAAAUCAGAAAUCAAGCAUCCCCUGGCCACGUUUUUCCAUCUCUUCUUCCGCACCAGUGCCAUCUUAGUCUACCUACUGUGUGAAAUCCUGAGCAGUAGUUUCAUCGUCUGUAUGGUCACCAUCAUCCUCCUCCUUUCAUGUGACUUCUGGACAGUCAAGAAUGUGUCUGGCAGGUUGAUGGUGGGCCUCAGGUGGUGGAACCAGGUGGAUGAGGAUGGACAGAGCCACUGGGUGUUUGAGUCCAGACCAGCAACCAGUAGAAAAGUUCCAACCAACUCUGAAUCACAGAUCUUCUGGCUGGGUCUGGUUGUGUGUCCAGUCCUCUGGGUCAUCUUUGUGUUCAGUACUCUCUUCUCCUUCAAGUUUAAGUGGCUGGCAGUGGUGAUCAUGGGUGUGGCCUUGCAGUGGGCCAACCUGUAUGGAUAUGUGCGAUGCAAAGUAGGCGGGAAGACCAACUUGAGGAGCAUGGCAACCAACUACCUUGGCAGCCAGUUCUUCAAACGGGCAAUGGCCAAACAGGGACCCUAGAGGUGGAUGUGCAGAGAGAAGAAACAUUAGCAUUUCUGCUAAUGUAAUAUUUUAUGUUAUCAAGAGGAUCUUGCCUUGCUUUAACUGAGGCAUAGGCUACUGUUAUUUUUCUUAAUUCCUGUUGAACAGGUGGAAGGCAUCUCUCUAUUCUGAGGGCACAGGGUUGUUUCCUACAGAGUCCUACAAACUAAGAUACUACUAGGUUUCUUUGUAUGUUUUCUUCAUUUGUUUUCCUGCUAAAUAUUCAAAUACAACCUUGUUAAUGAUUGAUAACUGCUGAUUGUAAUAUAAGAAAUUUGUAAAUAUUAUAUUUACAUAAAAUGUCUGGGUGAAUGAAUAAAACAAAAGUGUAUGUCAA